AUGGAAAGAACAGAUGAGAUUCGGUAUACAGAGGAGAAAUCAGAUGGGGGAGCAAAGAGUUACAAAGGCGCACUUUGGGGUUCGGGAGAGAGAAUGAAAGACAUCACAGAUCAGGAAAAACCGAUUAAGAAUCCUCCAAGGGGAAAGGAAAGGUAUCGGAAACCCGAGAGGAGCAGAGAUCCUCUCGAUCAGAGGGGUUGCAACGGAGGCCAAAUGGCAGGGAUUCAGGCCGAGGAGAGAGGAGGAGCAGAAGAUGAUCAGAUCGUCGAUUUCGAAUCAGACCCGAAGGCGCUUAUGGUUGAUAUUUCCGGCGACUUUGAUAUCGCUGAUCUGGAGGAUGUGUUAGAGGAGGACGGCGAAACUCAACCUGCAGGUAUUGACAGUAAUACCAUUGAGACGCUCAAUCUUGAUCAAGGGUAA